AUGUUAUUGUUGUAUUGCAGUAGCGUGUUAUUGCCUGCUUGCCUGCCUGCCUGCACUGCUACUGCCGCUGCUACAUGCACUCACACUGCAGCAGCAACACCAGCAUCACUUGGGCAGCAAAGGGCGCGUGCAGUGCCUUGCCUGCGCAACCUGCACAAUCGUCUCUACGGCCCACCCUGUUCAGAUCCCUUUGUAUGCCUCUAUGCAUGCAUGCAUGUGUGUACGUCUGUGCAUGUGUAUAUGCCUGCCCGCACUAUUGUCGAUUACAGCCCGCGUCGUUUUUUCCUCAGAACUAAGAAGAUCCGGUCGCGUGUUCGACGUAUAAAAUCAGCUAUGCAAUUGGAAUCGUCGAUGAUCUAUGCAAGAAUAUUGAGUCAAGUAGACACUUAUCUAGAUGUUCCCACGACUCCAUGUGAUGUACAUACGGAUAUAUCGCAUUUUUAG